AUCCCUAGUUGAGCCGGAUGUACCAUUAACUGUUAUACAAUGAUAGGAGAAUAACAUUUCAAAAUUGUAAUAGUCGUCGUUUGUAUGGGAGUUAAUGUUUUGAUUUAAGUAACAUUGUCGUCGCUACUAGCGGAGGUGAAGUAAUACACGUGAAAUGCUCUUAGAACUUUUUAUACUCGGCGUGGCAGUUUCAUUUUCAGAUGCAGGGUCAUAUAUAGCUACAUUUCCGGACUCAUUGAUUCCGGGAGUUAAUCUAGAUGUAAGGAUCACUGUCCUUGGAGCAUCUGGAACAGUUAACGCUUUGGCGUCCUUACACUUUGUCCAAAACAAUUCGGAAAUAUCGUCUACCGCAAAGCAAGUUGCAAACGGUGUUCCGAGUACUUUGGCUAUAAAGGUACCUGCUGGUUUGCCAUUGUCCCAAUAUAUGGUAUCUAUCACUGGAUCUGGGGGAUUGACUUUCAAGAACGAAUCAAAAGUUAAUUACGAAGCGAAUAACCUGUUUUUGUUUCUCCAAACUGAUAAGACACGCUAUUCAGCCGGACAAGAAGUAAAGUAUCGUGCUAUACUACUUCAUCCAAACUUGCUCGGUUAUAAGGGACCUCUCACAAUAACUGUCUUUGAUGCCAAAAGCAACAAGAUUGAAGUCAUUGAUCAUCUAAAAACAAAGGAUGGAGUUGUUUCUGGUAAACUGACUUUGAGUCGCGAACCUGUUUUUGGUACAUGGACAAUUCAAGUCGAUGCCGUGGUAACGGAGCUUUGUCAUCAAACAUUAUGUUAUGAAUGGUUCAAGUUGAACCUAUACAAUAUCACCUUAAAUUCAUUAAAAUGA